AUGGAGAAAAUGGCAGCUGGUGCAGUGGGGGGUGCACUCGCGAUUUUGGAGGUUAUGCCUCUGAAGUACAAGCACAUGCUUGCAGGUCCUUCUUUGAAAGUUGACUUGCACACUGGAGCAAUUGCUGAGGGAGUUUUGACUUUCAUAAUCACCUUUGCUGUCCUCGUUAUUAUCAUUAGGGGUCCAAGAAACGCCCUCGUAAAGAACUGGUUGCUUGCUAUGUCCACUGUGGCUCUUGUUGUUGCAGGUUCCAGUUAUACCGGACCUUCCAUGAAUCCUGCCAAUGCAUUUGGGUGGGCUUACAUAAACAAUAAGCACAAUACAUGGGAGCAAUUAUACGUGUACUGGAUAUGUCCCUUUGUUGGAGCAAUACUGGCUGCAUGGAUUUUCCGCUUUGUAUUUCCUCCACCCCCAACGGCGAAGAAGCAGAAAAAAGCUUGA